CUGUAGGAGACAAAGUCAACACACGUCUGCAUUGAGGAACACUCUGAGAUUCAUAAAGCAACUGGGAAGACUUUCCCCAUCGAAGCUGUAAGGCAUCCAAAACUGGAGUCAUGGCAGAUGUUCUGAAAGGCUUGAAUCUCCUUGAAACCUUCAAAGAGACCAUGGAAAACAACAAGCUGUCAGAUGUGAAAGAUGCGGUGGAGGACCUCCUGAUCAGCAGGGUCAACCUAGCCGUUGUUGGUGACCGGGGAGUUGAGAAGGCAGCCUUCCUUAAUGCCCUCCGCGGUCUGGGCUCCCAAGAUGAGGGAGCUGCUCUGUCUUCAUCCCCCACCCCCCCAGAAGAGCUAGCUGUCUACCCCAACCCGAAACACCCAGACUUCCGAUUGUGGGAUCUGCCGCCUGUCCCCUCCGCUGCACCCUUUGACCCCGAUGUUUACAUGGACCAGUUCAAGUUCCUGCGCUACAAUGCGGUGAUCAUGGCAUUCACUCAGAGGCUACAGCCCAACAGUGUGGCGGUGUUCAACAAUGCUCGCUCACUGCAGAGGGAGACAGUGUAUUUCACCUUGCUGGCCUCAGAGGGGGAUACAGAGAAGUGUCUAGAGGAAAGGAGGAAGACCAGUCUAGAGGUGUUAAAAGCAGAGGGGGUGGCCUUGCCCAAGGUGUACUUGGUUAGACCCUGGACCCUAGAUAAGCUAGAUUUUCCUGGCUUACUGGAGGACAUGGGGGGAGACCUGCCCGAGAUCAGGGCCCAGGCCCUCCUCCUUGCCCUGCCAACCCUCACCCUCACCCUGGUUUCCCAAAAGAGGAAUGCUUUCAAGGCACUGGUGUGGGCAGCUGCCUCUCUCUCAGGUGGUGUGUCUGCCAUUCCCGUGCCCCUGGUGGCGUCCAUGUUGGACGCCAGCAUGGCCGUGAGGAUUCUGACUAAGGCCCGGGCCUCACUCUGUCUUGAUGAUGAAUCCAUUGAGCGGUUGGCCCAGCAAAGGAGUAUGGAACCUGCCAAACUCAAGGCCUUGCGGACUUGUAACCUGUCAGUUGAGGUUAUCAAAGGUGAUGUGAAGAAGCGCCUGGCAGCGGCAGAGAAGGAAUUGACAUUGGGUGGCUCUCUGCUCGUAGAGAUGGCAAUGCCCAGACAUGCCCGCUCUGCCAGCCGCUCCUUCACUACCAUGCUGCAGGCUCUCAAUGGGGCUAUUGAGGAGAUGGGGGCCGACGCUGAGAAGAUAGUAGCUGCUGCCAUUAGCGAGGGAAAAUGAGAGAGUUGAAAGACCACCUCAUUUGUAUUCGAGUUUAUUGCAUGUGCAAACUUAACCCAUUGAGGCGAAUGAACAGGGAUUUCAUAUUCCAGAGAUGUUUCUAUAUUGGAAUGUGUGGUAUGAUUAAAUACAAGAAUUAUUGUUGUAUACUUGCAAUAAAAAUGUCAUUGCUUUGUGUAUGCCAGCUCAAAUAACAUUCAACGAAUUAACUGAAAUACUGUCAUCUCUCUUUUUGAUUCAGCUGUACAUUGUUGCAUUAUGUACAGUAUGUUACAUGUAAAGGUUGGGUGGAUUAUUUGAUUGUGUUAAAUCAGUGCUGUAACACUUGAUAAACCCAGUGCUUGAGAGUAGAGGACAUUAAUAGGAUUGCUCCAUUAUGUCCUUGUAAAGCAGUAGGCCUGCAGUUGAUCAGAGCAACAGGGCAACUCUGCGUAUGGCACGGCGUCCACAAACACAGGUACAGCCACCACAAGUGCUACAAAAGUGUUGCUACCAAAAUAAUGAAGAUAAGGAAUGGAAGAUAUAAGGAAGAGGUUUCACCAUCUCAUCUUUUUGAUGUGCUAUAUUUGUACAUAUUUUAAUCCAAGCAUGUCUCCUUUAUGAUUUAUACUUUAUUUAUCUUCGCAUGGAAUUGAAUAAAAAUGACUGGCGGUUUAGAGUUGUUUCAAAUAAAAAAAAGCAAACAAACAACAUCAGAGAUCUUAUUGUAAUUAAAUAGCAAUUGUCCUUAUUAACUUUUCUUACUUGUAGAUAUAUUGCAGAAUUCUCAAUCUUAAUUAUUGCAUCAAUGAAAUAGAAAAUCAUCACAAUAAUGAUUAAGAUCACUUAAAAGGAAAGAGUGUCCACAUUUUCUUUACAACACGUUGUGACAAAAGAUUAGAUGCAUCAUAAAUAUUCCUCUCCAUUUUCAUAACAAGUUUAUUAAAACAGCAAAAAACAUGAGCCACUGAAGAGAGUGAACUGGGUUAUUGACAGUAUGUCUAUGCAAGAUGUCAUUAACAGUCAUGAUCUCUGACAUGUAACAUUUCAAUAAACUUCAUCUUAUCCUGGCAGUGUUGAGAUCAUCAGAAUGCCCAUGUCACCAAAAAAUGUAGGCCUAUUUGAUUUAUUUGACAAUAUGUCUGAACCACUGCCGUAUUACUUUACUGUUUACUGUAGUGUUGUACAAAUGGCUGACAGCAUAAUAAUUACAUGCAGGGUAUUUACAUACAGUAUUCAUAUGGGGUCCCUUUACCCAUUGAUUUGUAGCUUAUAAAUAUUAACAUUAGACAACCAUUAUCGAGUUAGGCCAUUAGUUUCACAUCAGAUAAGUAAAAUCAAAUGUCUUUGAAGAGCACAACCAAAUGUUACUUUGUGUUUUUCAAAACCUACGA